GUAUUACGUUUGUUGGGGCGGCCUCAAGGCAGGGGCGGUUCGUAAGGUUUCGUGUGUUAUCAUCAGUUGUUAUCAGAUCCUACCGUCACGGAAGAACUUUUGAAAUGGUUUUAACGAUGGUAGACGUCAUCUACAUCAGGUGACAGGAGGAUUAUUUUUUAACAACAUAUCUAGUCAACACCCCACAUUACAGAGAAUUUCUAAUAGUCAUACCGAGAGACCGAAGUUAAACUCAAGCAUCAUGUUACAAAUAAAUUGGGCGGAACUUUUCCCUACAAGAUCCAGUGUUGUGAUCUUUGCUGCAUAUGUUGGAUUCUUUACCAAUCAAGGAAUUUUAGUGAGAUGGACUCAGGCAUCAGACAAUAGUUAUCCUUACAAUACAGUAACUGUUGUUCUGUUAACGGAUUUUCUGAAAUUGAUUAUUACAUCGGCUCUAUUUUGCAAAGACCAUCCAAUUAAAUCUCUGUUUACAGAGGUAUUUAGAAACUUACGAGUGUGUUCACUUUACUUAGUGCCAGCUUUUCUGUACAGUUUGUACAAUAAUAUAGCUUUCCUCAGCCUGUCAGCUUUUGAUCCUACAACUUACUACUUACUGCUACAGCUAAGGGUUGCUCUUACAGGAAUUAUAUACCAGGUGAUAUUCAAGAAGAAGCUCAGCUCUACCCAGUGGUUGUCGCUCCUCCUGCUGACAAUAGGCUGUAUGAUCAAAGAGACAGAUUUUAACAACAUUACAAACCUUUUUGGUGGACUAGCUGGAAAGGGGUCCAGCUUUAUUCUUCUUGUAUUUCAGAUGUCUUGUUCAUGCCUUGCUGGUGUCUACAAUGAAUAUCUAUUGAAGAAAGAAUCUCCUACAGCCAACAUUUUUAUACAAAAUGUCUUCAUGUAUUUAAAUUCUAUUAUCUGCAAUUUGGUUAUGGUUGUGCUUCAUGAGCCACUUAGUCAAACUUUCUCCAGUGAAUCUCUAUCAGCGGUGCUUGUUCCAAGUGUUGUCAUAUUAAUGCUAAACAAUGCAGGAGGCGGUAUUACAACCAGCUUUUUUCUUCGCAAUUUGAACUCAAUCAUGAAAACUUUCACUGGAGCUAUAGAGUUAACUUGUUCAGCACUUUUAUGCUAUUUUCUCUUUGGUAUUCCUAUUUAUGUAAAUACUGUAAUUUCUAUUGUCAUUGUGUCAUAUGCGACAAUUUUAUACUCUCAAAAUCCAGUCUCCAGAGAAGAUGUAAGCAACAAACAAAAGUUUGAUACUGAGAUGGCUCACCCUUUGAUUGAUAGGGAGUCCAAAGUCACCACUGUCUAAAAUAAUUUUAGCUCUUCAUUAAUAUGAAGAAUAGGUCAUAAAUUAUUAAUGAUUUAUGGUGUUAAGCACAGUAGUAUUGCAUUAUCUUUAAGUUACUUGAGAAAUUUGUAUUUCUACAAUGCAGUUAAGAAGGUGUGUCUGUUUUGUGAAUUUUUUCUCUCUUUACUUUUCUCAUUACAAUUUCCUACUCAUCUUGUUUUCUUGUGUUCCUAAAUGCAACGAGUAGUUGCCAUAAUAUGUUACAAUUAAAUUUUAAUCUUGAAAGUGUUCCAGUUAUACUCAAGCAUUUACAUUUGAAUAUUUAAGUUCCUUUACUCUACUGCGUCUUAAUUUGUUUUUUCAUGGUAAACCAUAGAUUAAGAAAUACUGUCACUUAAGUUAAAAUGCAUUUUACUUAGGACCAAAAUAGUUAUUUUAGCCUGUCUCGGUAUUCGCCCAUAACAUUUAAUUUUUCUAGAUGCAAGGCAAUGUUAAUUGACUUUUAAUGGAUAUCUGUGGCUUUUCAAAAUAAUAUCUAUUUGUCUCUAUCUGUGAUUUUGUCUUACAAGUGCCUUUUUUAUGCUUGAAGACUGAGCAAAGAUUUAUUCGCUUUGUCAUAAUUUACUUUGCCUUGUUACCUCACGUUUUUGUUUUCCUACGUCAAAAUUAUCCAUAAUUUUCUACGUAGAAGACCUUGGCAAAAAAGUUCUAGUAUCAUCAUCGACAUUGUGCUUUAAUAUUUUAUUGUCUUUGUGUUUUUUCAACACAUUCUGCUGUAAUUCAGUGAACUAUAGACUAUAGUAUUGUAUUACAGUUUGUCUAGGGUGAAUGCGCCAAAACCGCUGAUCGCUUUAGUGUUCCUAAUUUAAUUAUGGGCCCGAAUGAGGAUACCAUGUUAUUUUAACAUUUCAUUUCAACAGUAAACAAAAUCAAGUCAUCUUUGUAAAUCAUUUGGAUAUCGCUACUAUCACUAUUUGAAAGAUUCCUUCUUUAACACAAGUUCUUUUCAUUGAAGUGAGAAGAGUAUCUUCCAGUAUUAUGAAAUUCUUGGUAUGUACUGACCAACUGUUACUGGUACUUCCCAGUUUAUUCAGAGAUGUGAAUUGCAGAUUUAAACCAAUUGUUCGUGGUUGUGAUUUGGGCUCCGGGCAAUUAAAUGUUGUUGUUUUGUUUUAAAUGUCACAAUAUAACUUAGUGUGAUAAAAACUUUCUGUUAUGACCCAGUGAUUGAUUUGCUUUUGUGCUACUUUUACAUUCUCCAGAUUAUUUUGUAACUGUGAUUAAUGCAGAAAGUAUAUAUAACUCACAUGUGA